AUGAACUAUGUAACCGUGGUACUCGACAAUCCUGAUAGUACCGUCAGGCUCAUGCAGACUGUACACGCCCUUCACGACGUGACCGUCACGCGCCUCGUGCUGCGACUUCUUGUCGCCGGUGUGAGGGUCCACCACUUUGUACGCGAACUCGUACUUAGGAUUUUCCUAGUCAUCGCUCUCGUAGCUGCGGUGAGCGCGCGGCCGCAACACGGUCACGACUACCAGCACGGUCACGGUCACGCUGUGUCAUCGCAGAGCAUCGUACUGCACCAAACUCACGAGAGCAAGCACGAGCCCGUACACCACGAGGAACAUCAUGAGGAGCAGCACGAGCAGCACCAGGAGGAGCAUCACCACGGACACCACGAGGAACACCACGGCCACGCCUCCUCCUCACAGAGCAUCAAGCAGUACCACGGCAAAGCCACUGAGAAACACGUCGAGUACUAUUCUCACCCUAAGUACGAGUUCGCGUACAAAGUGGUGGACCCUCACACCGGCGACAAGAAGUCUCAGCACGAGUCUCGUGACGGUCACGUCGUGAAGGGCGUGUACAGUCUGCAUCAACCCGACGGCACCGUCAGGAUCGUCGAGUACCAUGCUGACAAGAAGACUGGAUUCAACGCCAACGUGAAGUACGAGGGUCACGCCAUACACAUUGUUCCUGAACACCAUCACCACCACUAAUCCUGACCACUGAACUCUGACUGUUGAAUAAUUUUAU